CGCGUCGGCUCUUUCCAUAGAUAGAUGACACAGAAUUUUCUUAGCUUGAUUUGUAAUUAUCAACGUUUGACCGAUGACUAAGCUGGUGAGAAAAGAUAUAAUUCGUUUGCAAAGCAUUUUGUGUUGUUCGCUCACCUGCAAGCCUGCUGUUCGCUCACCUGCAAGCCUGCUGUCUACAACUAAAGCAAUCUCUCGCCAUCGAAGCCUCUUAUAUCGAGUCAAUCAUUGGUUUUUCCAAAUCUGAAACUUCAACGAUCAGUCAUCAUGUCAACCCUUCUCGCCGGCAAGCCUCUUCUUGGUCCUCUCGUGGGUCUUAACCUCUGGACCUUCGGUAUUGAAUUCCUGCUAUACAAGCGUCGAAUUCCCGCGCUCGCUCAGUACAACGUCACGUUUGAUCCGGAAACUGUCAAGAAGCAGAAAGAGGAGAAGUUACCUGGCUUUGUCAAAUGGCCGGCGGAUAACUUUAACAACCUUCUGGAGCAGCCUACCCAAUUCUACGCGGUAUUGUUGGGGCUAAGCUUUUUGGAUAUCAAGGACAGAAGCACUAUUGGAGUGGCAUGGGCGUAUGUUGGGUUGAGGAUGCUGCACAGCAUCAUCCACGUUUCUACUAAUAAUCCUUCAAUACGCUUCCCGGUCUGGUUGGCAAGUUCAUUCGCACUCUUUGGACUUACGACCCAGGCUGCUUGGAUGCUCUUCUUCUAAACGAAUUCUUUGGAUCAGCAAAUCAGUCGCACUAAGCGCAAAUGGCCUUCUCCAUACAGCAUCAGAACAGUGCUACCGGAGGAGUUAUUCAAUGUGCUAGUGAUGGUUUCCAUCCGAUCUCCUUCGUGCCCUACAGUUCGCUGUGUCGGAGCUUGUAGAAUUAGCACGGGCUGGUCACAAACCUAGGCCUACAAUAGUACUAUUACUACAACCACUACGAUUCUCUUCUAGAGGCGGAUAUACUUUAUACUUCUUACAACAAAUAACAUUAUCUAUCUAAAUAAAACACCAUUUUCAGUUUCU